AUGGACAACGAGGAAAUGGAGGCUGCUUCAUGUCAUGCAGAGAUGACUCACCAACACAUGAAUCCACAUGAACAAAGGAGCAAGGGUGGGUUCAUUACCAUGCCUUUCAUUAUAGCAAAUGAAGCACUGGCUAAGGUAGCUAGCGUAGGGCUUAUUCCAAACAUGAUAUUGUAUCUGAUAGAAGAUUACAAGGUGGGAGUAGUGAAAGCAACCAAAAUUUUGUUCUUAUGGUUUGCUGCUACAAACUUUGCUCCUGUGGUUGCUGCUUUCGUUGCUGAUGCUUACUUGGGUCGCUUCCUUGCCAUUGGUUUAGCUUCAAUUCUCACUUUCCUGGGAAUGGCAGCGAUGUGGUUAACAGCCAUGAUCCCAGAGGCAAGGCCAUGCAGCCACUCAACUGAAAACUGCGGAUCCGCAACAACACCCCAAAUGGCUAUCCUACUCUCUUGCUUUGCUCUCAUAUCCAUUGGAGGUGGUGGCAUCUCAUGCUCCUUGGCAUUUGGUGCAGAUCAACUUAACCAAAAAAACAAACCCAACAAUCAGAGGGUCUUAGAGAGCUUCAUAAGUUGGUACAUAGCUUCUCAAGCCAUUGCUGUCGUUUUUUCCUUGACGGGAAUAGUUUACAUACAAGACCAUUUCGGAUGGAAAGUGGGUUUUGGAGUUCCAGCAGCACUUAUGCUCCUGUCUACUUUCUCCUUCUUCCUCAUUUCCCCACGUUAUGUGAAGCAGAAACCACACAACAGCUUGAUCUCUGGCUUUGCCCAAGUGCUUUUCGUUGCCUACAAAAACAGAAAGCUUUCAUUUCCACCUAAGGACUUCACUGGCAAUGGCAUGUAUCACCAUAACCAAAACUCAAACCUUAUUGCUCCAACUGAUAAACUAAGGUUUCUAAACAAAGCUUGCAUCAUCAAAGACAGAGAACAGGAUAUAGCCUCUGAUGGGUCAGCUUCAAAUAAAUGGAGUCUUUGCACAAUAGAGCAAGUGGAAGAACUAAAGGCGAUAAUUAAAGUUAUUCCUAUUUGGUCAACCGGUAUCAUGGUGGCAGUUAGCACAAGCCAAACAUCACUUUGGUUGCUCCAAGCUAAAACCAUGAACAGACAUGUCACUUCAAACUUCCAAAUUCCAGCAGGCUCUUUCGGUGUAUUCAUGAUAUUUGCAGUGUGCAUAACUGCGGGCGUCUAUGACCGUGUCAUCCUUCCUCUAGCUUCAAAAGUGAGAGGAAAACCAGUAACCAUCAGUGCCAAAAGGAGAAUAGGCAUUGGACUCUUCUUCUCCUUUUUGGAUUUUGUGACUUCAGCAGUUGUUGAGAGUAUAAGGAGGAAGAAAGCAAUAAGGGAGGGGUAUAUUGAUAAUCCUGAUGCAGUAUUGGAGAUGUCUGCAAUGUGGCUUAUCCCACAUAAUAUCUUGUGUGGCAUAGCAGAAGCCUUUAAUGCCAUAGGGCAAUCAGAGUUCUAUUACUCAGAGUUUCCAAGCAGCAUGUCAAGCAUUGCCGCAUCUCUAUUCAGCCUAGGAUCAGCUGUGGGAAACUUGGUGGCUUCUCUCAUAGUGAGCAUUGUGGAUAACAUUACUUCCAAAGGUGGUAAACAGAGUUGGGUUUCAGAUAACAUUAACAAGGGUCACUAUGACAAGUAUUAUUGGCUUCUUGCCAUAAUGAGUGCUGUUAAUAUACUCUACUAUUUGGUUUGCAGUUGGGCUUAUGGCCCUAGUGCUGAAGCAGCCUCGAAGAAGGAAGAAAGAGGGCAUAGAGUUCAUGAUCAACAAGAGGCAAUGUAA